CCAGCCCAGCUGUCACUUCGCAAAACAAAAAGAAACUGAGCACCAUCAAAAAAAUAUCAAAAUUUGUCCAAUUUACAAAAUUUACUCUCAAACAUAUUUUUCCAAUCAAAAAUUAAAAACUCUUUAAAAUCCAUCUCGCCAUGCCAAAGAAAAUGGGCCUAAACUCAAAAGCAGUCGAAGCACGCGAACGCAAACAAGCCAUCAAGAAAGAAGCCAUGACCAAAGCUGAAAAGGAAGCCGAGGAUCGUCUCUGGCAAGACAACGACAAGAAUUUGGCCAAAAAGAAGCAACGCAAAGAAGAAGAGGACCGUAAGCGUGCCGAGGCAGCCAAACGAAAGGCCGAAGCCAAGGCACUGCUGGACGAGGAAAUGUCCUCGAUUAAAACACAAGGCAAGCAAUCGAUGAGCAAAGUCAAUCGAAUGCAAAUCCAAGAGGAGGUCGAGAAACGUAACAAGAAUGUCGAACUUAUCAAUGCUCCUAAAUUACCUGCUAAAGUUGUUGUACCCGAACCGAUACUCGAGGAGAAUCUCAAUCGAGCCAUGUCCGAUAUUGUGGUGGCGACGAAUGUCGAUCAGGCUUUGGCUGCUUUGAGAAUCGAAGGUGAAGAUAAACAUCCCGAGAAACGUAUGCGAGCCGCCUACAAAGCUUUUGAAGCUGUCAACCUGCCAAUCAUCAAAGCCGAGAAUCCCUCAUUGCGCCUGUCCCAAUGGAAACAGAUGCUCAUGAAAGAGUGGAACAAAUCACCCGACAAUCCAUUCAACCAACGCGACUAAAUCAAGACACGAGAGGCUGUGAGAUGGUGGACUUCCCGAUUUGGCUUUAAUUUUGUUCUCUUUGUUUUCGAAACAUGGACCAGUUUGUAAUAAUUUAUGAUCUUUUUUGUUUUGUAUUCUUUCUUUCUUUGUGGAACACUUUUCCAAAACUUUUGUAUAGAAACUACCCUAAAAAUGUAUUUAUUUUGAAACCACCAAGCUCCAAGGUAUAAAAUAUACGUAGAGUUAAAGUUAACAAAAGAAAA